GCAAAUCAAUGAAGCCAGUCAAACAAACGGGGCUGGGCAAUCGAAGUUGGGACAAUUUACGGAGGUCUCCGUAGCCGGAUAGUCGACGUCAAUUAGGAUAUGUUUACAGUUAAUAUGAAUAAAAAGCGUUUUCUUAGCACCUCCGCGGAGUGAAGUGGAUAUCAAUGUCGAUUAUUAUCCGUCGUAUUCGAGGACUUUGAUGUAUUUGUGUAGUAAUUUGUAGCUUAACUGAGAAACUACCCUCCCUUCUUGGAACUGAGGAUGAUUUUUGCCAAUUCUGGAAACCUGCUAAGGACACCGUAUCGCAAACAGGUACAGUUUUACAAAUGCAAAGAGCAGCCUUUACAAAAUAACACCCUCAAGACUGACUUCGUGGAAGUCGCUUUAGUGUUUGUGAACAGAGGCUUGUCUAAACAAACUUAAACGGCGCUCAAAUAGAAAGAAAAACUUACUUUUGUUUAUCAAAGCCUUUCGACACGGUAAUGAUGCGUUCACGUGUGGGAUGUAAGAGUCAGAAAGCUUAGUUUCGUAAAAUGCAUAUGCAGAUACCUGCUGCUCGGGCUGUAGUCCAGGGCCGACUAGGCUACACAACAAAACAGCAGUCUAACCUCUACCAAUUGAAUGUGAAAUCGUAGUGAGAACACAAUAUUCUCACUCUUCAGUCAGAAAUACAGUAAACGUGUCUACGAGGUCAUGUUUGAGGGCCUCUUUCACCAAACUCAAUUUCACUGUCAAAUGCUAGUAAACUUAUAUUUUAUCCUUUAAAAAUAAAGUGUUUAUUUUCCUGACUCUUGUGCCCACAGCAAUUAAACACCAUGGAUGACAAUUAUCCACUGGUGCGUUCACUUUGUCCCACUUCCAUAUAGAUUUUUAGAAACUCCCUUCAGCCAUUAGAUUUGAAUGAGCAUAUUUACUGUGUCGUGCUCAUGCUGUCAUCCUGUGGCUGUAGAGCUCUGUGGGCGAGGCCUGUUCCUGGAAGCACAGUGUAUUUCCAGCUCGGAUAUGACGGGGCUACUCUGGUCUGGAGCUGCCUGAUAAGAUGCCGUCCUCUCCCCCAUCACAGUCGCUUACAGUCCUGCUCCUGCACCCUGAGUAGUCAGUGAGGCAGAUGCAUGAAAACAAGAUUUCCUUUUGAUUCUGCAGAAAAGUAGAACUUGAUAAUGCACGGUGAGGCUCUGUGACACCCAUUCUCAAUGAGGCUGACUGGUCCCCUUUGAUAGUAUUGAUUAUUAACUAUAACUGUAGUGCAAAUUGCAGUUAAAAGUAGGGCCCGACCGAUAUGGAUUUUUUUGGGGCGGAUGCCCAUACCGAUUAUUGGGGGGGAGGGGGUCCGAUUACCGAUUAAUUGGCCGAUUUUUUAAAAUGUUUUAUGAAGUUUUAAAAUUUUGUUAAUUUGCCUCAGUAAGAGAACUAGCUCAAUCACGUAAUGUGUACUGUUGUUUAUUCUGCCUACUGGCAUGGCUAACAGUGUAGCAAGGCUAAUAGCAGGUGGCUAACUCUAACUUUAGCUUGCACAUUACAUGGUGCUUCACGUUAACUCAGCGUGACCGAGACCAGCACAGCAAGGAACAUCGUGAAGUGGGUUGAACUGUGGAUGAAGAUUGUCAUGAGGUCGCUGCGCCAUCUACAGGAUAAGUCGGGGAACUUUUCAAAUGAAGUGAAACGGCAUCUUAUUCUCUGCAUUUUGUUUCUGAAAAUAUCGGCAAAAAUCGGUGAGUUUUGGCCGAUUACUGAUAAGUCUCAAACAGGCUAAAAUUGGCCGAUUUAAUCGGCUCGAUGAUAAAUCAGUUGGGCCCUAGUUUAAAGUCAUUAUAAGGUGUUUCUGCUGACAUACUUAUGCCUCAAAAAUGGAUUUUAUCAUGUCACAACAAUUCAAUACCUGCAAAUGGUCCUUACUCUAUCUCCAGCCCUUUUGAUCGUUGUAUUUCUAUAUAUUUAUUUAAUUGUGUGUUCUGCUUCUCGGGUCAAAGUAUCACUGUGUUCUGUUCCAGUAGCUGGACAGCAUAUACCUGAAAUUCAUACUGUAACUUAACCACCCAGCUCACACUAACGGGGAAGCAUAGAGUAACAUUUUUCCAGGUAUGUUGCAUUAUUUAGCGUCACUAGUCGGGAAUAAUAUUUUGAGUUGUUUUUUAGGUCUGAAUGGGAGUUUUAAGAGAUUGAUUGAUACAUUAUAUCUCAAUAAUGUUGCAGUAUUUUUUUCUUUGGCAUUUUUGUGAAAAAAAAAAUCGUGUUUGUUACCAAUCUGACUGAGUUUGGAUGAUUCUUGUGUUUUUGGUUAUCACAGCCAGGAUUAGCUGAAUACAGGCUUGUCUGUGGUCCAUUGCUGGUAAUCGCCAAUCUAGGAAUAGCAUUCUUGAGAGUGACUAUGAUGUAUUUCAGGUUUAUAAAUAUGUAAAAGGCUGUGAUUAGAUUUUUCCAAGUAUUGCUUAGCGUUUCUCGGCUUCUUUUCUGAAACCUACAACCUACCCUCCAGGCUGAAGUCCAGACUCGAGUUGCUCAAUCCUGUCACCACUUCAUGCUUGGGAUUCCUUGAGCUUCCUCUCAGCUUGUGAUUCCUCAGUGUGUGUAAGGGUGGGGGCGGGGGGGGGUAAUCAGAGCCAGAUAGAAAAAAGGAGAAGACAAAUCCCUGAAGGGGACAGCUCUUCCUGACAUGGACAUCUGUAUCUUAUAGACAUUAAGGAUGAAGUUGCUCAACUGUUGGAUAUUUCUACCCCGGCCCCUUUUUGGGAUUGGAGGCCUCUGCGGCUAUUAUAUGUAAUGGUAAGACUUGAAUGGAACCGAAACUAGAUGAAACCUGGAAAACCCCAUUUCAAUUGUCUGAAAAAGUAGUAGUUUUUUCAGCCAAUGUGCUGUCUUGACUAAAAGGGAAAACACAGAGUCAUACAUGAGUUCACUCCACUCUGAAAGAAAAAGCAAAGCUACUCUGAAAGAUAAAAGUGCCAAGGGUCAAGAAGUCACACAUGGUUGUUUAUGUUGACCUGUGAAUGGCUUAUUCUGCACCUCCAGGCAGCAUGACAUCAGCGUGACACUGAUGUCAGAGCUACAAGCCCCCGCAGAGUCUGAUUGUGCUGACUGUGAAUGUGGGGUGGAAAUAGAUCUGUUGAUAUGGAUCAAUACUCAGUAAAACAUUCAGCCUCGUACUGAGCAGAAGUCUCAUGAUAGAAUCUGUCAUUGUUUUCUGUCUCAAAUCAUCAUAAUUGUAAGAAAUCAAGUCAUGAUGAAGCCAUACUAUAUGUAAAAUCAGACAUUAGUCAUGUUUAUUCUGUGAUGAACCUUCAGAUAACAACCUCCUCCAGUCUUUCAGUGUCUCGUCUUUCAUUGUUUGAAUUUGUAGUCUGCAGCUUUAAAUGAGACCUAUUAUACUUAUCUUAUCUCAAACUGUUGCCCAUUAAACCUUCAUUUUAAUCCUAUUCAGCUUUUGCAUUGUUUUGGCUACUUUUACACUGAUAUCAAGUUAGGGGUUGUUACUUUUUACACAGCUUUGCUACACAAAAUGACCCAAAACUUGUGCCUUUAAAAAUAUGUCAGGAUAGCCAUUAGCCUCAACGUAGCUCUCCAAUUAGCCAUGUUUUACCAAUAACUUGUGGUUCUGAACCUUCACGGAGGGUCUUCAUAGAUAAAACAGCCCAAGAUUUUGGGAACAGUUCAGAUACAAAUCCAGCUCGUACUAGUCCUUGUUUACAAAGAAGUCACCAGUGUAGUGGUUACCAUAGAAAGCUUUAUGUGCCCUUAAAAUGUAUAAACUUCUCAAUGUUUUCAGGUGUCUGCGUCAUUAGAAAUGGAAGAAAGCUGCAACUUUCCAAGGCAUACCAUUUCAAUUAAAUGCGAAAUGGAUACAAAUACCAAGUGGUGUUAUAGAUUUGCAAGCUUUGUGUCCUUGACAGAGCUGCUUGUUGGACUCUCCCUCUAGUAUUGUCUUAAUAGGACAGCACAACUUGACAUUGAGGUUGUGGCCAUGACUGGAAUGAGAUGUUCGGAAAAGCACAUGUGAGGAUUAUACUGCCACCCGUCUGUAUUAUAUCAUGGACUUAGUUGCUGUUUAGUAUAAGCAUAAAAGAAAUGCAGCAUAAUUUAUACCUAUUAAAGCUUUCUGAGAGGUUGAGAGGCUCUGUACAUUCUCAUUGCUUUCAUUUGUGUAUUUUCUGGAUGUAACCAGUAAUUCUUAGCUGUAAAACAGCUCCUGAAAACCAUCAGUAAGCUCCUCACCUUGCUGCUGUGAUACGAAUUCGAUCACGAUACGAUAAGUUAUGAUACGAUACAGUUUCUUGUCCCUUUAGGGAAAUUUGUCUUGGACUCUAAGAGCUGCACAGAUAAAGCUACCAACUAAAAGUGUAUCCUGGUGCAUUCAGUACAGUAUGACAUUCAAAGCACACUUCUCAUCACACUUCACCACCUCCAUCAGGAAUGCAGGGUGUGAUCAGAGGUUAAACAAACUUUGAAUUGUAGAGGGGAAUGAAAUAUAACAGUUUGAUCUGGUGUUGAGAUUUUCUUAAUGGGUUCACUUCACUCCAACUGUGUUUUGUUGUGUAAAGUCAGUUCCUCAAGUGUCAAAGCAUUUCUGGCUGUCAACAGGCACAUUUGAGGCAAGCUGAUGUCAUGUUUGUCGUAGUGUAAUUAUAUGGAGGUUUAAAAAAGGAUAAUAUCUCAUAACCACUUAUAUUUAACCCGUUUUUUCUGAUCCUCAGCCCCCUGCUGCCCCAUCGUCACACCCCAUGGCUCCACCCAGCCCCAGCACCAACAGCAGCACCAACAACAGCAGCAGCAGCAGCACUGCAGGCUGGGACCAGCUCAGUAAAACAAACCUCUACAUCCGUGGCCUGUCCCCUUCGACCACAGACCACGAUCUGGUCAAGCUCUGUCAGCCGUGAGUACCACACUUCCUGUUAUUAUUAUCCACCAUUGAACAGAUAUUGAUUUUUCAGCCCACUUAGUUUGGAGUUGAGUGCUAAUUUGCAGUAGCAGUCACUUUUUGAAAGACAAUUGAUCAUUCACUAAAAUAUGCUGUGAUAAAGUUGAAGUUUUAUUUUAGAGCAGUUACCCACAUUAAGUAAACAUGUUUCUUCUCUCAUCAGCUAGCAGACAAAUCCGCUCAAGUCUGUUCAGAUAUUGUAUAUUUAAUCAGCUCCUCAUAGCAAAAGGAGUCGUUUACAGCCUUGCAGAGAGUGGAAAGAGACAUCUUUGGAUUCUUAUGUUUAGUCAUGAUGAAAAAAUGUCAGCUUUAUCGAAAUAUGGCACAAGAAAUGAUCACACAAAGACCAAACAAACUGCAGUCUUCCCAUAUAUCAUGUAUGCAUAAAGGAGAGCUACUGUCAGACCUGGGCUCAUCCAAAGCUCUCUUUGUGUGCUGAAUGUGUCGUUUUCUCCCCCCCGAUGCCUCAUAAACAUCAUAAGCUUCUCUUUCCUUAGGCCCAGUCUUCUCAAUGUGACAUUGACUUUGCGACACAAAGUUCAUUUUGUGGCUGUUUGGAUAUAUAUUACCCAUAGAAAUCUGCAGUUGCAGUGACAUAUCCCUAUAUUCAGAUGCCAGUGCAGUAUAAAUACAGCUUUGAUGGCAUGUUCAAAUCUACAAAAAAUGCAGCAAAUUGGAGCUAAAGAAUUGCAUUGACUGUUUUUUUUCUGCAAAGGCCUACAUAGAACAACCCCAGACAAGCCUGGUAAUUGUGCAUGUCAAAAGCCAACCUGCUGUAGCCUCACCAUUUGAGAUUAGAGUUCAGAUGUAGAAAAGGUCACAAGUUCAUGCUCUCUCACCCAGUUUAGCAUUUAGCCUAAUCCCUGGCUAAAAUACCCUUCUGGUGGAGCACGGGGCACAUCAUGACCUGUAUCUCUGUCACUUUGAAUUAAAUAGGUCAUUUUCAACAUGGCGCAUACUUACAUUAAAGUGUAGAAAAUGCUGCUUAUGGGAACUUUUUGCUGUUAGGACUCUAAAACAGCAUCUGAACUAAAGCACAAACAGCAGAAUCAGCUAUUGAUAUUUUUUUGUUUGAUAACACAGAUUUGCACUUCACUGUCCUGCAGAGGUAGACAUGCAUUAAAUAUUUAAUUUAUUCAAUAUUCUUGUAGUUUCAGCUUUUGUUUUUUGAGCUCUCUAUUCAUCAGCCUGCAUCCACAGAGUCGCAGAAGCACACACUUGAAAUAUAGGAGUAAUCUUAAGUUUGCAAAGUUUUGAAUUAAGGGGCUUUUAGCAUAAGAGGUAAACAUGAUAUACAUUAUAUUGAUAAAUUAGUUUAAAAUCAUCUGUAAUAAGAAGAUUGUUCUCUUAUAGUUUACUUGGAUUAGACCUGAUAUAUCUACAAGAGCAGGCCCCAUCAUGAGAAGACAAGCCUCGCUGUAUCAGGAUAAUGAGAAAAAUUAAUCCAUUAUAAUGAGAAAACCAUUUUUUUAUCCAGAGGUAAUGAAAAAUAAAUAAAUUGACAUCUCAAGAAAACAACCAGAAAUUUCUCAUUAUCAUGGGCAAACAGAGGAAAUAAGUGGAGUUGCACGAACGCUUAAGGCUUCUGUGUUAUUCAGUGUAAUACCAAUAGAUUUUCAACAGCUCCAGGGUCAAAUGAGUUUUGAGAAGUGCUGCUUUAGUAACACGCGUCAUGUUACCACCACUACUUCCUUUGUAUACCAUGACUGCUCUGUUGAAACCUUUAAGACAACAUAAACCAGAAGAGACCAUAAAUGUCUCAAUCUUUUCAUUGAAUCAGGCACAAUGAUACAAGUAUACAAGUGAAUGACAGUUCUGAUCCAAACCACAGUAGUUCAUAUACUAAAAAAGAAUAUUUCAUAUUUAUUCAUGUUUUAAAAAGACUUUUUCUUAUGAGACUGCUUUCUUUGAACAUGUUAUAAAAAUGGUGUUUUAUUGACCUUUUUUUCUUAUAUUGAAUCAGUAGUUUCUUCUUAAUCUCCACAUUUUUUUAUUUGUUGUUGGCCUUUUGUGUUUUGUAGACCCCCCUUAUUAAAUACAGAUAUACUUCAUCAAUGUUGAUGUUUAAGCUUUUAUAUGAGAAAAGUUUCCGUUUGUUUUAAAAGUUGACGUGGUCCCACAUUUCUCUUGAGAUGUUUUUGAGUUCAGCCGUAAGAAAAAAAAAUGGAGGGAGGGGGUCUCUUUUGCUUUGCACUCACAUUGUGGGGAUUUUUCAGCACCCCAUGGAAACCACUUCCUGUUUCUCAUAUUUUUGCGGUGAUGUCAUAGAUUGUUGCUCAACCCUCCCUCUAUGUGUGUCCGUAUGUGUGUGUGUGUGUGUGUGUUUUAUAACUGGCUCAGUCUGCUGCAUAAUCCAGCUAACAAUGCCUCGCCUUUCUGCUCCUCCCCUAGGUAUGGCAAAAUUGUAUCAACAAAGGCCAUCUUGGACAAGACUACAAACAAAUGUAAAGGUGUGUGACGUUGUUUUUUUUCUUUCCAGCCCCGCCCUCUUUUAUCUGGACUCUCAAUAGAUGCAUAUCAACACAGUUCCCCACACCUCGCAGUCAGAGAGUGAAUAUCAGUCGAACACUGUCUGUGAAAACAUCAGGUCAUUCAGCAGCUAUGCAGUUGUCUCAGAUGAUAGGGGCUAGUCAGGAAACAGACAUCCAGGCUGCUCGAAGCUGCCUCCCAGCUCAUGUUAUUUUAAGCCCCAGCCCUGGUCUUGUGGGUGUGUCACUGUUGUGGGUGGGAAGGACAUUACAACUCCUCCCCUUUCUGCUGGGUGACAGUGAUGGUCUUGGUCUAGUUCUAGUAGACUAAAGAGGGACUUAGUGAUUCUCACUGGUGCUGAUGGGAUUAGCAGAACGCUUUGUCACUCUCCUCUGGAUUAAACAGAUGCCAGUUAAUCGAAAGCUCUCAGUGAAAGGCGACACCAUUUAAGACCUUGCAAAGCUGCGGCUGAUUUUUAAAUAGACGCCAGAGAUCACUUUGGCAACAACCUUGUGAGAAAUUGAGUUUGAUAAAGAAGUUAAAGCCGUUGUUUAUUUUUCCACUUAUUUCAAAAUGAUCUGGGACUUUUAGAGAGACCUAACACAAAGAUUGAAAUCAAACAAAUAUGAGACAUUAUUCUGAAAUGAAAACACCCCUGACAUAUUCACAAAAAAAUGACGCCUCACUAGGUUAAAUAUAAACGCUGCAGUAGAGGUCUGCCCUGUUUGUACCCCCGAGAACAAAGACUGACCUGAACCAUGAAUGUCACGCCGGUAUCUGCAUCCUCAGCACUUUUUUACCUCUUUUCAACACACAUACACACACAAUAGCACACAUGAGCACAUAAUUACAUAGUUAAAGGGACCCUUAUACUGUGGUAAUAAAUGUUUAUCAUGUAAAGUCACAUGAGGAUUAUGUUAUAGCCUUCAGUAAUUACUCACUACAGCAUCAUCAACCACAAAGAGGACUAAGUCAGCCCACACUGAUGGAGAGUCAUCCUAACCCUUCUGCUUACUCCUCAGGGUACGGCUUUGUGGACUUUGACAGCCCCGCUGCGGCUCAGAAAGCUGUAGCUGCCCUAAAGACCACUGGUGUCCAAGCUCAGAUGGCAAAGGUGAGGAUUCAUUACAGUCUAAUCCUGAUAUCACAUCCCUACAAGACACCCACCGACACUUUUGCUCUACCAUCUGACCACAGAGGCAACUUAAGCCCUCAUCACGCUGGUAUUAAAUAUCGAACCAGCGUGUAUCAUCCUCAACUCUUGGUCUGGAGACGGCUCACUGACUCUAAAUUACAGAGUUCAAUCAUGAUGGAGGCAUGUGCAGAAAACAUCAUAUAGCUAGGCAUACUAGUGAAACUUAAUGUGUGUCUUUGAUUUGCAGAGAAAAUGUGCACUACUUAGCUAGCAAAUAACCAGAGUGUUGGCAAAUAUGCAGCAGUGUUCUUUCUGUAUCAUGUCUGUUUGACUACUGCUGCAUUAAUAGCUUAGUAAACACAGCAGUAACGCAGUGUACCACUUUCUUAGUGAUUCUAUACAAUGGUGAUGACAUUUAAUGGUUUGUUUGCUCACAGCACAUAUUCAUUCAUAUAUAGUUUAUUACGUAUUUAACUGUUUGUAGAGUUACGAGCAUAUACGUCAUUAAUGCUGUUUGUCAAAGGCUCUCUUGUCAGCUGACAGCUCCCAGCCAGGCUUUAGAUCAGGUUCAGACGACAGAGGCGCCGAAAGUUUGGCUAUAGGGUGUAGAGACUAGUGUAGCUGACAGUGAGAUGACGUACCAGAGAAACUAUCCGCGCGUGAACAUGUUUCUAAAGUAAGCCUUUCCAUGAGCUGAAGGCUAGUCUUUCUGUCCUCUCUGAAUAAACAUUACACAUACAUUGAACAUCUCAGCGCAGGUUUAUUUUCCUUUAGAUUCUCAGAAAGCCACGUGCAGGAGAGAUUGCUUCAAUCUUAGAAAUGUUUCACUGCAUUUCAGGGAAUUGAAAUAAGAGCCUCCCUUUGCAUUCAGCAGAUAUUCAUGGUUUAAAUACACUACAGAUUCUGCACAAUUGAGCAGAUUACUCCUACUUUACUACUCUAAAACAGGACUGUGUAACUUGAGGCAUCUUCUCUCUCUCUCCGACACGAGAAAAGGAAGUAAAUAAUUGUGUGUUGUUAUGGUUACAGGAACCAGCCAGGGGAAAUUAGUUCCCAUACAGCACCGAGCAAGAGCCCUUGGCCUCAUUUCCCUGUCUGGGGAUCUGUGGAGCUUCUUGACAUGCCUCUGUGCACCCAUUUUACUUUUUUAAUUAAAGUAGAGCAGCUUUGAGGGGCAUGCCCAAGUUUAAUCUUUGUAUUGUGAAAGGUAAAUGCCUUUAUAAAGUGUGAGCCUUGGGCUUAAUGGACUCUCUGACAAAGGUCCCCUUUCCUGUUUUUUUAUUUUAUCAGCUCAGGCUGCCUUCAAUGGGAAAGCUCUCAUUAUUAUUUCAAAGGCAGGUGGUGGGAAAUGGCGAGAUAAGAAUUUCCCUUCGUUUUAGUUCCUCUGUGUUUUCCUCUCAGAAUAUACGUAAAUAUAGGCGAGUCACCCAACCACAUGUGAGAAGUUAUAAAUCAAGUGAAGGUGGACCUCAUGGAUCUUUAACAAAGUUUUGUCAAGUGUUGUGUAGAGAAUCUAUAAGAAACAUCACUUUUUGCUUGUGUUUCUCCAGACUCCAGUGUGUGUGGAUCUGCAGGCUAAAUAAGGGUUAGGGAAGUGAAAGACCAGCACAUGCCCGUCCUUCAUUACCUCUGUUGCAGUGCUGCUGAGGAGGACUCGUAAAGUCCUAACUGUUCCAGCAGAGCUGCUCUGAGACAGUUUGUUCAGAAAGUCAUGAUGUUCAAAAUGCAGACAGCAUAUACUUUCUUAAAUAAAGAGCCAAAGACAAACAUUAUUGCAUACUCCCUUUUUGCUGGAACAAGACAAGUAGUAACACCCCUCUGUCAGCCACACCCCUCUUCCUCAGAAAUGUGCUUCAGUCACUGUUCAGCGCUGACUGAUAGGUGGUAUCUGAUAUAUUUCUGUAUGCUGAACGUCUCUGAGCUCUUUCAUUUACCACACGAUCGACUCGUCAACUCUUAGUUAAUUUGGGGGAUUUUUAGAGGUAUAGAUGCACAGCUCUGCUAUAGAAAACCUCCACAGCAGCUUUAAGACAGGAGUGUUUUGAGCUGUCAGAGCCACACAGAGCUGAGAUCCAGAUCACAUCACUUCAUCUCUCCUCCCCUGAUUGGACACCCUCCUUGUGUUUUGUUGCGACGCUGACUUUCACUCAUCCGUCGCCCUCUAAAUCGGGCAUGUUGAUUUUACUGUCACUGUAUUACUUUUAGUAAUCCAACCUGUCCCUGUAGCUGACUCUGAACAACACAGCACUGAUGAAUAUUAAUGUUGAGAGGCCGCUCCCCAGGGACUCGUAGCCGUGUCUUAUGUUUCUGCUGAUGCUAUUAAAAUACAGCGAGAAAUUGGCUGAUGUGAGCCUUUAGCCAUCGUGGGCUGCAUGCAAAUCUCUGUUUAUAUCUGCUCAGAGUGACCCUUUACUACCUUAAACCUCCAACAGAGAGGCAGACAGGAAAGAGCAGAGACUUAACAACCGAAUUACUGAUGUCCACAUAAGAAGGACACGGUCUCCUUUCUUCCUCUCUUCUUCUUUCUUCCCUUAACAUGCUACUACAGCCAGUGUAAACGUGGCAGUACAGAGGUAUGUGUUUGUGUUUUCGAGGUGUGUUUAAAGCAUGUCCUGUAGUGUAAUUACAUUAAUACCUCUGCUGGCUCCUCCCUCGCAGCAACAAGAACAAGACCCGACAAACCUGUACAUCUCCAACUUGCCAUUGUCCAUGGAUGAGCAGGAACUGGAGAACAUGCUGAAGCACUUUGGCCAGGUCAUAUCCACACGCAUCCUGAGGGACUCCAGUGGAGGCAGCAGGGGAGUGGGAUUUGCAAGGUUAGACCCUUCUGUGAAGUUUCUGUCAGUGUCCAAUGGUGCUGAAGCAGAGACUGUUUUUCAUGAAGCCACUAUACAAAACACUAGCGAGGUAAAGCAGUAUCCGAUUAACAAAAAAUAAUCAUAAAAUAAAACAGUCUUAAGGUAAAUUGGUGUUUUAUGAGGAUAACACAAUGAUGACAGCAGAUAGAAGUCCUGGCUAUCAAAGAUCAAGUCUGAAGAUGUCCAAAAAGACCGCAACCAAGUUCACAAUCUGAUUGAGGCACACACAGAGGUGUGUCUCAGAUAAGAAGGUAGGAAGAACAGGUCAUGUGUGGACAAACAGUUUCUUCUUUAAAGGAAUAGUUUCACAAUGACUGGUUUAAUAUAAUUAUAGUGGUAAAUGCUGGCUUCCGCUCUUCACACUCACGUAACCUGAUGGGGUCAUGAUUGACGAAAGCCAUACAUCAAAGUGCACCUAAGGAAUGUUUGUGGGUGUGAGUGUGCACCAGUACACUCAUGUGUGGCCUUUACUGACUGUGCAGAUUUAUUACAAGACGAUGACUGUAUGUGCACAUCAGGUCUGCUUGAGUUUUAUAUCAACCCCUUCUUCUCAUCCAGUAAUGAUGCAGCUCUUGGAAAGUACCAGCUUCGCCUCAAACGGCUGUAUCACUGAUAGUCGUUCUCUGUGCGUCUGUUGUGAUUUCAGGAUGGAGUCAACUGAAAAAUGUGAUGCAGUCAUUUCUCACUUCAAUGGAAAGUUUAUCAAGACACCUGCAGGUGUUCCAGGUAAGAAAGACACACUCUGUGACUAUCUUAUACUCACAGGCGCACACUGCACAAGUGUGAUGGAAAUGCUUUUCCCAUGAACAGAAUAAGCGGAAUAAUUUCAGACAUUUUUCUUGUUAUGGAUUCAAUGAGUGUGACGGUAAUGGAUGGAGUUCAAGUGGUCAGCCAAUAGGAGUCAGAGGGUCUGUUGGUAAAGCUCUAUACACUGAGCCCUAAGUGGCAGAGCACAGACAAAGAGAAGCAGAGAGAGCAGUGCUCUGUGUGGCCUCCACUCCCUCUCUAAGCUUUUUAAUUGGAUUAUUAGACUGAAAUAGUCUCUGCUGGCCUUGCCUCCUUUAGGAAGGGGAGGGGAUUACAGCUCCACAGCUGCCAAAUUAGAUGUCUGCUUUCCCAGGCUGGCUUGUAAAUACACUCCCAGGCUUCAGGGAGAGAAUGUAUAGCACGCAAUGACAAACAGCACUGUGUGUGUGUGUGUGUGUGUGUGUGUGUGUAACUGUGUGCACGUUUGUCAUGGUUUGACACCAACACAAACCUUUUAUUUUAUUCUCUGUUUAGCACCGACUGAACCCUUGCUGUGCAAGUUUGCUGAUGGCGGACAGAAAAAGAGACAAAGUCAGAAUAAAUUUGCUCUGAAUGGCCGGGGGUGGGGGAGGGACGGUGACUCCAGACUGGUAAGUGGUGCCUAAGAUGAAGUGAGUUGUGUAAGCGGCUGAUGUUAAGCUUUGAUUAAACAGAGUCAUGUAAAGGAAUAAAAAGGCAUAACUGUCACUGUGCAGGUCCCUUUAUCGAGUGUUAACCCUGGUUUUGUUCCUUCAUGUUUAUUAUUAAGCGUUAUUGAGUAAAGAGCAGCCUUUUACAUAGGUGUGAGCACAAUAGGUUCAAAUGGACUAUUGUAUGAUGAUGUUGUGUAUGUGAAGUGAUGCGUGUUUGAGUUUAGUUGCCAAACCUGUGCUUUCUUUUGCUCUCAGGCUGGAAUGACACUCACAUAUGACCCCAGUGCAGCUGCUCUGCAAAAUGGGUACGUUUCAACAACAGUUUUUGUUUCAUCCUCCUGGACAUUUUUAUACAUUUUAUGUGCUAAAUCCACUUUGAUACUCUGUUGAAAAUGCACUUUUUUUUGUUUGUACACAGAUUUUUCCCACCAGCAUACAGUAUUUCAAACAGGAUGAUCGCUCAAACGUCCAUGUCUCCUUACAUAUCACCAGUUUCAACAUACCAGGUCUGAAUCCUUCUCUCUGCUAAAAAAAAAAAAAAAAACUGCAGCUUUUCAUUCUGUAAUACAGCAACUCAGCAUUUCUGUCCAUAAACCAUGUGACAUCAGGAUUUAGAAACCCAUCCUCUGGGGUUUGGGGAUGUGGGUAAUAUGUGUGACAAAGGACGCAGUGGCCUUUCAUGCUCUUUGCUGUGCCAAUUGCUGUGGCAUGUGAUCUCUGGAAAUAGCAGCUGUUCAGUGCCAGGGUGUUUACAGAGUGUGUUUGUGUGAUGUUCCAGGUGCAGAACCCAUCCUGGGUGACCCAUCAACCCUACAUAAUGCAGCACCCAGUAAGUGCAAAAUCCCUCUUCAUCGCUGUCUUCAUCACAAAUCUUUCUCUCUUUUUUUUUUUUCUUGUUUGAUCAAAACAUUUUCCUCUGUGGUCGUAACAGAAUAGAAACAUUUUUCUGUAAACAGACAUACACAAUAUGGAUAGUAGUUCCACAUAAGGUGACACUGAUCCUGGAGAGUUUACAGUACUCAUGUGUUUGUAUAGGAACGUAAAAACGACUGCUUUGGAAAACUGCGUGUUUGAUGAUGACAGAUGCCUAACAUUUUACAACAGAUGGGGUUGAAUUGAGAGAGAAGAGUCCUUUCUUGCUUUGAAAUUGAGCCAGCAGAGAUGAGAAAACACUGCUAGUAGCAUCAGGACAGCCAAGAUGCUUAUAGACAACUUGCUCAACUUGUGACUAGUCACCUUCUGCUGUUUCGAAUGAAAUGAACCAAUUUCUCUCCAGUCCUGCGAAACCAACCAUACAUCGACUUGCUUGACACUGAACAUGAAUGGUAUCUUUAAUCUCCAUGUCCUCAAGAGUGUUAUGGUCUCGCAGGAUGAUAUUAGCUGACCUUGUGUAUCCACCUGCAGCAUACUUGUACAAGUAUUUCUCUCAGCUGCUUCCCCUUUUUCCUCCAGGGUACAGUAAUAUCGCCCUCUAUGGACCCAUCCAUGUCACUACAGCCCACUUCUAUGAUGGCUCCGCUUACACAACAGAUGAGUCACCUUUCUCUGGGCAGUGCAGGAACGGUGAGAAAAUUCUGCAUGGAAUUGGAGACGAGUGUGAAAAUGAAUACGAUCUUAAAAUGAAAAGGUGCUUCAUUUAAAUAUAAAAAACACGUUUUUUUUCUUUGCUUCAUUGUACAGUUUAUGGCCGCCAACACAGCUAUGCAAGGAGCAUACAUCCCCCAGUAUGCGCACAUGCAGACGUCAAAUAUUCCUGUAGAGGUAUGUGCAUUAACGUCACUGCAGUCUGAUGCAUUAACAGUUAAUUGACUGUUGUUGAAAAACUAAUCUUGGUUAUUGUAUUUGAACCUCCAGGAAAACGGUGCACAGUCACAAGUGGACUCUGGUAAUCAUUCCCCAUAUUCCUACCAACAAACCAAGUAGCGCUGAGGUAACAUUUGGACGACAGCUUCAACAAUCAUGUCUUCAAAAUGCAACGGAUACUAAAGAUCUUUUCACUGCUUUUGCACGGGAUCUGCAAAUAUUGAAGUGAGACUAUUUUUGGUGUCAUUUUCAGAGAGAAUAUCUGCGUUCAUCGAAUGAUUCUGGUCGUAUGGAAAAGAGUGAAAAAGUUUUAUUUUCAUACUAGAAAACGUUUAUUUUGUUACCAAGGAUUUCCAUAAAAUGCAAGAGAGACGAAUCAUGUGACUAGAUGUUCAAAGUGCAUGACAGUAAACAUGUCUGUUGUUUAUAUUUCCAGAUGUUUUCUUUCCUCCGAGGAUAUUUUUGAAAAAUGAUGUUUUUGUGCUUGCUGUGUGAGUGUUGCUAUGGUGAAGUGUUCAGUGUUGUUUUUAUGUCAAGUGAUUUCUCUUAGUGCUUUAGAUUGAUCUUGCUGUCUGAUUAAAAUUUGCCUUCAUAGUUUUUGAUACAGCAGUUGUACAGACCAUCACUGAGAGCAGCAAGCAAAAGAUUUUCAGAGCGCUUGCCUUUGAAACGGGCUAUGUAGGAGUUUUAGAUAAAAAUCUGUGUUUUCGCUUUUACCCUCAAAUAGUUAAUAGAAAAAAAAUGAAUUUUUAGAGAAAAAUGUUUUGAUUGAAAUGGCUCUGCAUCUAAUGAUGUUAUAUUUAUUUAGUGAAAGGACCUUACAUGUUUCUGGAUUGGGAAUGAGUUAGAAAUUUUGCAGAGGAAUCACCUUUUGAAUCUUGCCUUUUGAUUUUUUUUUUUUUUUUUAUUGUUGAAUAGCAAAAAAAACUUGGGUGGGGGGAAGACACGGGACUAAUGUGUUUCAUUGACUGUCGUGGUGUUUGUCUUGGAUCAUGUGAAUUUUUAUUUUGUCUUUUACACUUUUAUUUGAAAAAACUAACAGGACAAUACAGACUCAUGAUUGUGCAAAAGCAAAAAAAAAACAUUGAAGCCUUGUAGUAGAAUUUAGGCAAAAGUCCAGUGAGUCGGGGGGUAAAUGAGAUGAAUAUGUGUUACAUGUUGCACCUCGCUCUUUGAUAGGAAACAAACAAACUUGGCACUUUCAAUCGUAAUUUACUACACCAAAGAAAUAGCUUUAUCUCCUCAACCAGGAAAUAUAUUUAGGAAAUAAAUUGACACUGCAAGCUAGAUUGCAGUUUGGACAGUGUGCCUUUUUUCUACAUUUACAUUCAGUUGCUGUAACAUGGACACACACAAGCAUGAAGGAAGGCCUGGAUCGAAGAAGUGCCACAGAUUGAUUUAAUACCUUGAGAGAAAUGGUGAAAAUAUAAUAGACAGUGCUACACUUGCAAUCCAAUAUGACCUAGCACUAAAAUUAAAAACAUAAUUUUAAGCUUAUAGUACAGAAAAGCGGGCUUUCUGAUUUUGGGAUCCUCCACUAAACCUGUGAUUCGAUCCUGGUGGUCAGUCAGACCAGAUAUCUACCUCAGAGUUUUCUUUCUCCUCUGUACUAGGUCGGGUUUGCAGGUCCAGCCCGCCCUUCCAGACCAAAAGCCACGCUCAGGAGCUGGCCACAUACAGCUGUUUCCUUAAAGGUUGUUUUGAAUACUUUUUUAGUUUCUUCAGACCUUUUUUAUGAUGUAUUAUUGUAACCAUUAGGGAAUGGACAAAAUGUUACCAUUCAUGUUCACAAAUUCAGUUUGAUCAUUUUAAAGGUGCUGCUGCCUAUAGAUCCCAGAGGGUGAUCUCAGAUGUUCAGUCCCAACAAUGACAACAAAGCGCUUUGAUAUUUAUCUGGUCUGCGCUCCUUUAAACAAACAAUGUUUGUUGCUUUGUCUUGGGUCUAGACAAGCUUGCAGCAGCAGCAUUCCCCCUCUGUAGUCCAAGAAAUAUAAAGGGCCACUGUGAUCAUACUUGAGAUUUUCCAUGUAAUGCCUGAGACUGAGAAGUAAUACUGUCUUGUGAGCUUAAUGCUGCUAGUGGUGUCUGAACCAAGUGCCAUAGAAUCUGGGUCAAGAGUUGCAGAGGUUGCAUAAAAAAACGCUCAUAUAAGUAACCACCAUGUUGAACAGUCAUUAAGUUAUAAGAAAUAUUUCUAAUUUAUGAAGAUUUUUUUUGUACAGACAGCUUGAGGAAAUAAGAGAUUUUCAUAGAGGUAUACGAAAGUCUAUUGUUUUUUAUUUUUAUUUCUACUUGUGCCACAUAAUUGCCAGUGGUAACUAUGUACAGUUUAAUAAAUCUUCCUCUGUUUUUGUUUUGUAGUGUUUGUUAAAGCCAAAGACUUUUUUCAGUAGACCGUUGCCUAAGGUUAAUUUUUUUUCAAUUCUUUGACACAUUUGAAUAAAAAAUUUAAACUUUUCA